GCCAAAAAAGAAGAUAUAUGGUAUAAAAUUAAAUAAAAAUAUAUUGAUUAUUAUAUUUAGACUUUCUACUUUGCACUAAUAACAAAAAAAACAACAAAUAGCGUGAUUGAAAAAACCAUGUCGGAAGUCGUCUAUAGCGGAAUCGCCCAAAUAUAAUGUUCUCACAAGUUGAAACUUUUUUGAAACAUUUGAAACUUUUGUUUAAAAUCUGUAAAUAAUCUAUGUAGCCAUGAUAUUCAAAUAAUUCAGUUUGUUUUAUUUUUGCGAAAAAUGUAAUAUUUUUGUGAUAUUUUGUUUUUUUUAUCAACACCUGCCUAAAUAUGACAGAACCAAACUCAGACGAAACUAAAAUAAAUGAUACAGCCGAACAAAUAGUUCUGUUAGACCAAACAAAUUCAAUAGCAUCAAAAACUUCAUCCAUUACAAGUCCAGUAAAAGAAAGAAGCUCUGGUAAAAGAUCACCAUCUAUUCAAAAUAAUAAUGAUAUUUUAGAAAACCCCACUCUAUCAACCAAAAUUUUCACUAAAGAAAAAAGCAAAUCACCAUCAAUCAAAAGCCCACCCAAUUUAGUUAUCAAAAGCCCAACCAAACCUCUAUCAUCUGCCAACCUAGUGUCUGUUCGAAAAAGCAUUGUGGAUGGAAUGGAAAAAUCAGCAAAGUUACUUGGCAAAGCUGUAAAAGCAGAUCAAUUACUGUCUGAUAAUAGACAAGGUUCAACUAAACCUAAUAGUAAAAGUGAAAGUCCUAUCAAAAGCCCAGCUAACAAAAUCCCUGCCCAAACUACAGACACUCCUGAUCGAGUUUCUGUUCAAAAGAUUAUUGGGGAUAGACUAGAAGCAAUGGACACAUCAGAGAAAAUACAAGACAAAAUUAUUGAACUAGCCCCUGAAGUUGAUACUAAUAUUGACAAAAUAGCAGCAAUGAGUCAAGUAUUAACAUCUGAAGCUAAUGAAUUGAGAAAAUCUAUAAGAACUCUAUCAGAAGACAUUGCUCGCACUAAACAAGAUUUAUACCAUGAUGUUACGGAUAAGGAAGAAAACAAUUCAAUAGAUUUCCCGUAUCAUCUCUUUUUACUUGAAUUAAUCAUAAAUAAAAUUCAAAUGAAAUGUGAAUGCUUCGACACUGACUCUAACAAUUUAGUAAUAACUGCCACGUUUUUGGGUAAACAUCCAAUUGUACUGUACGAACCGACAAAUGAUGGUGAAAUUGAAAAUAUCAGCCAACUUAAUGUGGGAAAGUCCACCAUGUUUGCCAUGACAUAUGAUAAAAUAUGCAGUAUAGACAGAUUUGAAAUAUUUCUCGAUAUUACUAAACAGCCACCUUGUAGUCAUUGUGUGACGAAAAUAGCUGAGACACAUAUGGACUACACUAAAGAGUUCUCGAAACUGAGAGAAGAGUUGUGUAAAAAAUGGCGCACACAACAACCGAAAGACGAUAUUCAAUGUACCACGUCGACGCCACUAGAUAAGAGCCAAUUCUAUUUGUCGUGUGGUGAAAGUGAGAAUCCUGAGCCUAUUGGCAUAAUUGAAGUUUCAGCUAGAAUGUCGUUUCUUGGAAAGGAAAUCACAACUGCUUUUAAAGAAUCUCCAAAACCAAGAGCAACUUGUUCAAUGAUGGACAACAACAACGGUAUAUCCAUGUGUGCAUCUCACAAAGUAGAGAUGGAUGGAACUGGUAAUAUUCUGUUGGACGAAGAUGUAAUGACCCGGAAAGGAACACCUUAUAAAAGACAGGGGUACCCCACGAGUAGAAUGGCAAGUCCUAUUUCGCAGGACACGUCCAUAAGUCGUCAUUUAACAAGUAAAAGAUAUUAUGUAGAGCCAACUUAUUUCAAUCCCAUGAAAGAUGAAAUACGUAGAUACGAUGAAAUUUGUACUCAAAUGAAUGAAAAUCAGCUGAAGAUUAGAGUACCGAAACAAACUAGAGUAGAUAAAGUCAGAAAUUAUGAGAAAAUAAAUGAAACGUGUAUUUGUGAAGACAACCCUUAUAACAGUGGUGAACAAAUACAGUUUGAAUUGCCAAAUGAUUAUUCUAACAAUACUCACAGUUCUAAUCUAAAAUAUAAAUAUAACGCAUGUGAAAGAAAAUACGAAAACAAGGAGAGGAAAGUUGUGAACGUUACACCGAGUAACUGCCCGGCUCCAGUGACUUUGGAAAAGAUGCCGCAUCCGCAAAAAGACGUUUUCAUACUUAAAAUUGGAAAGAGAAUGGAAACUAAGGACAAGAAAACAGAUCUAGAAAUAGAACUUGUAACUCCAAAAGCACCAGCCGCACCAGACACUACUUGUCAAUCAAAACAAGUGAGCGCGAUGGACUUGGGUAAAACGGUCAAUUUGAAGGGCAAGGGUUCAAAAAGUAAAGGUAAAAAGAAAGGUAAAGGGAAAAGCAAAGGCAAAGGUGCGGCUAAAGGCAAAAGCCUCGGUAAAGGCAAAACUAAAGGUGCGGGCAAAAGCGGUGGAGUUUUCAGUAAAGACGUAUUAAAAGGAGGGGGUUUACACAACAGUGGGAGUGGUGGUGGGUCGCGGGGAUCGGGCAAGGAAGGUCAAAAUAGUAACUUAAAAGGUGGGGGUUUACACAAUAGUGGGAGUGGGGGUGCGACGCGGGGAUCGGGCAAGGGAGGUCAAAAUAGUAACUUAAAAGGUGGGGGUUUACACAAUAGUGGGAGUGGGGGUGCGACGCGGGGAUCGGGCAAGGGAGGUCAAAAUAGUAACUUAAAAGGAGGGGGUUUGUACAAUAGUGGGAGUGGUGGUGGGUCGCGGGGAUCGGGCAAGGGAGGUCAAAAUAGUAACCCAAAAGGUAAAGCCAGCGAAACAGGAAGGAAAUCGAAGAUCUGGCCUGGGCGAGUUCAGGAUCCGAGAUCUGAACGACGAGAUCAACAAGCUGAUGCGGGAGAAGCGGCACUGGGAGGUGCAGAUCAAGUCGUUGGGUGGGCCGGACCAUGCCCGUGUCGGGCCACGUAUGCUGGACCAGGAUGGCAAGGAAGUGCCGGGCAACCGGGGGUACAAGUAUUUUGGUGCUGCUAAGGAUUUGCCAGGAGUCCGCGAGUUAUUCGAACAAGAGCCGCCGCCGCCGCCGCGCCGCACUCGCGCCGAUCUCAUGCGGGACGUGGACGCAGACUACUACGGGUAUCGAGACGAUGAUGAUGGCAUUCUGCUGCCACUGGAGAAGGA